AAUAAUUUGCAAUGCUUCAGAAAUAAGUUUCUUCUUCUCCUGAUCUCGUAUCUUCCCCGUUUCGUCUUCUCUAUUUAUCUAUUGGCCGAGGAGACAAAGAACUAGUUUUCCUUUUCCUCCGCCUCCGCAUCGGAGCUUCGUCUCUCUUCGGAGGUGUUGUGAGGAUCCAAGGGUAUUUGUCUCUUGUUAAAAGGACUGAUGGCUGGUUCUUUGGUUCAAUCAGCAAUUCUUCCCACUGUUGCAGUGAACAGAGGACAAAGCCAUCUGCGAGGCUCUGGGAAAGCUAAAAGAGGUGCCACGAUGAUACAUCAUCAAAGAACACCUCUACAAUUGCAGGGCUUCAUAGGAUUAAGACGAGCAGACAACCUAGGCACUUCUUCAAGAUGUAAUCAUGACUUUUGUUCAGUGGUUUCGAGAUUUAUAUCUUAUCCCCAGGGAAAAACCAGUCGAGGAGUUGCCAAAGCUAUGUUUGAGCGAUUUACAGAGAAGGCAAUCAAAGUAAUUAUGCUUGCUCAAGAGGAGGCAAGGCGUCUAGGUCAUAAUUUUGUUGGGACAGAACAGAUACUAUUGGGCCUUAUUGGUGAAGGAACAGGUAUCGCUGCAAAAGUUUUGAAAUCAAUGGGGAUUAAUCUUAAAGAUGCUAGAGUGGAAGUGGAAAAAAUCAUCGGCAGGGGAAGUGGAUUUGUGGCCGUUGAGAUACCUUUCACACCUCGUGCAAAGCGUGUUUUAGAACUCUCAUUAGAGGAAGCUCGGCAGCUUGGACAUAACUACAUAGGGUCAGAACAUUUACUUCUUGGCCUUCUUAGGGAGGGUGAAGGUGUAGCUGCACGGGUGCUUGAGAGUCUUGGAGCUGAUCCUAGCAACAUUCGUACCCAGGUCAUUCGAAUGGUAGGAGAAAGCACUGAAGCGGUUGGUGCAGGGGUAGGUGGAGGAAGCAGUGGCAAUAAGAUGCCUACACUUGAGGAGUAUGGAACUAAUUUAACAAAGUUGGCAGAGGAGGGAAAGCUAGAUCCAGUUGUUGGCAGGCAAGCACAAAUAGAACGAGUUACACAAAUUUUGGGCAGGCGGACAAAGAAUAAUCCCUGUUUAAUUGGGGAGCCUGGUGUUGGAAAGACAGCUAUUGCAGAGGGACUUGCUCAGCGCAUAGCAAAUGGUGAUGUUCCAGAAACAAUUGAAGGGAAAAAGGUGAUUACUCUUGAUAUGGGACUUCUUGUUGCUGGUACUAAAUACCGUGGAGAGUUUGAAGAAAGGUUAAAAAAGUUGAUGGAAGAAAUUAAACAAAGUGAUGAAAUAAUACUAUUCAUUGAUGAAGUACAUACAUUAAUUGGAGCAGGAGCAGCAGAGGGUGCCAUAGAUGCUGCUAAUAUCUUAAAACCAGCUCUUGCAAGAGGUGAAUUGCAGUGCAUUGGAGCCACAACACUUGAUGAAUACAGGAAACACAUUGAGAAGGAUCCUGCUUUGGAAAGACGUUUUCAACCAGUAAAAGUUCCUGAACCAACAGUGGAUGAAACAAUACUGAUUCUUAGAGGGCUACGGGAAAGAUAUGAGAUUCACCACAAACUUCGUUACACUGAUGAGGCUUUAGUUGCUGCUGCUCAAUUGUCCUAUCAGUACAUUAGUGAUCGAUUUUUACCGGAUAAAGCAAUUGACUUGGUUGAUGAAGCGGGAUCUCGUGUUAGGCUUCGCCAUGCACAGCUUCCUGAGGAAGCCAGGGAACUGGACAAAGAGCUUAGGCAGAUCACCAAAGAAAAGAAUGAUGCAGUCCGUGGUCAAGAUUUUGAAAAGGCUGGGGAACUGCGUGAUAGGGAGAUGGAGCUGAAGGCUCAGAUCUCAGCUCUGAUAGACAAGGGCAAAGAACUAAGCAAAGCAGAGAGUGAGGCAGGUGAUGGUGGUCCUCUGGUAACAGAAGUAGACAUCCAACACAUUGUAUCUUCAUGGACUGGAAUUCCUGUAGAGAAAGUCUCUACUGAUGAGUCUGAUCGCCUCCUCAAAAUGGAAGAAACUCUCCAUAAACGUGUUAUUGGGCAGGAUGAAGCUGUUCAAGCUAUAAGUCGUGCCAUUCGUAGAGCUCGCGUGGGUCUUAAGAAUCCCAAUCGCCCAAUUGCUAGCUUCAUAUUUUCUGGUCCAACUGGUGUUGGAAAAUCAGAAUUGGCAAAGGCACUAGCUGCUUAUUAUUUUGGCUCUGAGGAAGCCAUGAUCCGGCUUGACAUGAGUGAAUUUAUGGAGAGACAUACUGUUUCGAAGCUCAUUGGCUCGCCGCCUGGUUAUGUUGGUUACACUGAGGGUGGCCAGCUUACUGAAGCAGUUCGUCGCCGCCCUUACACUGUCGUCCUCUUUGAUGAGAUAGAGAAAGCUCACCCUGACGUCUUCAACAUGAUGCUCCAGAUUUUGGAAGAUGGGAGGUUGACAGACAGCAAGGGGCGUACAGUGGACUUUAAGAAUACCCUCCUAAUUAUGACCUCCAAUGUUGGUAGCAGUGUGAUCGAAAAGGGAGGACGGAGAAUUGGAUUUGACCUUGACUACGAUGAAAAGGACAGCAGCUACAACCGAAUUAAAAGCCUUGUGACAGAGGAGUUGAAACAAUACUUUCGUCCAGAGUUCCUUAAUCGGCUUGAUGAAAUGAUUGUCUUCAGACAGUUGACCAAACAGGAAGUCAAAGAAAUUGCUGAUAUAAUGCUCAAGGAGGUCUUUGACAGGCUGAAAGCCAAGGAUAUUGAACUACAGGUGACAGAGAGAUUCAAGGAUAGGGUGGUGGAUGAAGGUUACAACCCAAGUUAUGGAGCCAGGCCACUGAGAAGAGCCAUAAUGAGGCUCCUGGAGGAUAGCUUGGCUGAGAAAAUGCUAGCUGGGGAGAUCAAGGAGGGAGACUCGGCAAUCGUUGAUGUCGAUUCAGAAGGAAAUGUCACUGUUCUAAAUGGUGGGAGCGGCUUGCCUGAAUCAGUUCCCCCAGCUAUUCCUGUAUAGAGUCUGAACCGUCAGAGUAGGUAUGGAGCUACUACGGCUCAAGUUAAAUCUUUGAACUUUUGUUACAGGAUUCAGCUUCAUUCACAUCUUCGGAAUACUAAAAAGAACAUCAUGUGUAGUAGUAGCAUAGUAAGGAAUAAUUGAAAGAUAGGACUGAGGUGAGACGUAAGCUUUGCAGGAAAGAUUGCAAGUUGCAUUUAAAUGUUGGUGCUGGUGAAUUCUAUGCGAUCUACAUCUCUUGGUUACUAUGUUUGGUAUUGUUAUGAUCAUAUUACAAGUGAUGAAGACUUUGAGCAGUAUGGGGUUCAGUUGAAUUGGAUAAGUGUAUUUGCUUCAACUGGUUUGUAUUUGUCAAGGUGGAUAUUGCUUGGUUAUGCUAUCUUAAUUAACAAAAAUCAUUUUAAUA